UCAAUUAUCUGUAAGAUUUAAGACAUCUAAGGAUAAAAAACACAUUACUAAAAGUGAAACGGUUGAUAUGAUAACCGUUUUAUGGCAAUGAAGGAUCACCUGUCUCUUAUCUUCCUCCUCGUUUUCAUCGCAGCCAUUUCUGGGCAACCCCAGAAUGCGGAACCAUUAUCAAAUGAGGAUGAUUGGGUUCAGAAAGAAGUACAUGAGGUGAAACAAAUUCUGGAAGGCGAAGUGGACAAUGUACAGCAGAUGUUCAAGGUUAAAAUCGAGGAAGUUGGGGGCAAAUUGCGAAACUUCUACCAGAAUCAUAUAGGAAAUUCUUCUGCCGCCUCAGAUUAUUUUAAGAAAAUAGUACAACAAAUUCCACAUCCAGUACACCAGGUUUUUCAAUCUCUUGUGGAUCGAGGUCCUCAGUGUCGCCUUCUUCGUUCACUGAAACGACUAGAAACCGCCCGACGUUUUCGACUACUGCAGCACUUACUAGACAAACGCUCUAAACAUCCAACUAUUUACAAAAGACUCAUAUAUAUUACUAUAAUAAGGCCUAUUUGGACUUAUGGGAUCGAGCUUUGGGGCUAUACUAACCAUCAAAUUCUUUUCCAUAUAUACCAUAUGUUUCUGAUUUAG